AAUUAUCGUAUACUUGAUGCUUGUUGUAAAUCUUCUUAUUCGGUGGGCGUUUCAUACGCGCGAUCGUAUCUGCGAGAAGUAUCGGGGAAACGUUGAAAUAUACGAUAAGCGGCCCUCGAUCAACAGUGUCGGUGACCGAAACCCUUGCCAAAGUAAUUAUUGCUGUUCUUCAACGGCAACAAUCGAUGCCUAAAAUACGUGUCGAGAAUAUCAAGGAGGAAUCAAAUGCGAGAACCUCUAUCGCCUCCAGGUGUCUCAGGACGACUGAACAUCCGAACGGUCGUACGGUCGGACACGGCGUCAUCCUCGACUGGAUUCGGUGCCCCCUCCUAUUGGAAUAGUCAACGAAACACCAAACGAAAAUAGGACGAAUAGAUAAAUCAUCCGACCCACACCGGUCCGCCUACAGCCGGACGGCAUAUCUCUAAGAAAUCCUAUUCGACUCUGCUCGAUUUUCCUGAGCUGGAACGUGCGUUGCAUAUUUUAAAAAUGCAGUCGAUCGUGCCAAAAUAAUUCCUUCCCCUCGAUUCUUCUUCUCUCCAAGGGACGAUGUCAAAGGCUGAUCGCUGAUUGCCAGUGAAAUGGGGCUGCUCAUGUCCGUUUUGAUCGGCUGCGUUGGAGUUCUUGAACUCCUUGCUUGUCUCCGUCACGUUUCGGACGGUUUGACACCGUCGUUGGGUCCGGCAGCACCUUGUCUGUCCUAUCACUCGGAAACAUCGGAGAGACACAGCUCCGUCAAUUCGCUAUGCACUUACAGCCACCGUCGUGGGGUAGGAUUGCCAAGAGGUGUCAGGCACAAGUUGGAAAACCUUCACGAGUACAGUAUCAAGGUCAAGGGUGAGCUGCGGACCCUGGACCGGCACUUUGACGAGAGCACACUUUCCGACUGCAGCACUGGCGACAUUUUGGGCAAUUCUAGGCCGGACUCUAGGCUCAGUCUGAACGAAUACGAAGCCAAAGACGAAUGGAAUCCUGACUUUCAGCCCUACUACGGAAACCAGAAUGCUGAGCACGGUUGCAGGGAGAGACAUCAAGACGGUAUAUCGUGUCGAGAGGAUCAGGAGAUCAAUUCGAUAUUGGAGAACCUGAAUCUGAUACCGACUCCAACAACGAAAAAGUACGAAAGAAUUCCCACCCCUAUUCCAUUUGAAAAUUCGACUGAGGAUGCCUGGAGAAAGUCUAGAUCACCUUCGUCGUCGUCUACGUCAAGUGAGAGGAAAAACUCGUUUGAUGAUGAUUCGGGGAACGAAGUACCGACUAGGAACUCGAUCGAUAAUUCAUCGGUCGCCAGUCAGUCCGGACGAUCGUCCUUGGGUGACAUCAAGGUGACACGUUCGAGCGCUUCACUCCAGAAAUCUGUCAACGAUGUGGAAAGCAUUUCGAAGCAUUCGUCGGACGUUGUACGGGCCUUGGAAAGCUCGACGUCCGUCAAUGACACUGAAAACUUGUCCAAGUCGUCUGAGAUUUGGAAAGAACACGUGGACGGAAAUGGAAAGUUGAAGGAAGUGAGUGAUUACCAGGAAGUUGCGGGUGGUGGUUUAAACGUACCGAAGUCAUCAAAAUCUUUGGGGACAACGAUCGUGCGAAAGGCAACGCGGCUGAAAUCCAAAAAUGCGGAGAUAAGCAAGUCCGCGGAGACUUUGAAUGCGAAGAAAUUUAAGAAAGUCCGAGAGCCGGAAAGACGUAAAUCUGACAUAUCCGUACAGACGACCGACUUCGAUUCCAAGUGCGACGAGGCGACGAACACGUCGAGGUCGGAAAGCAGGCAAAGCGUUUCCGUCCAAGUUCAAACUAGCUUUGAGGAAUAUAUUUCGGAGGACGAAAAUGCGGAGGAUUACAGUGGAAUUGCGACGGGUUUGUCCGAAAGUCGACGAGACAUUUCGGCGAUGGGUAAUUGGCGAAAAAAGUCGUUUAAACAGAGGAGAUUCAACGGGUCAGUUCGGAACUCGAAGGAAGAUUGCGCGAACAUCGUUGUUACGAAGACGCUUGCACCGUCCGUAGAAAAGCCUCGGAAUUUAAAACAGCCGAUCAGAGUGUCCAGCUUCGAAGACGCCAACGUGGAUGACUACGAGAAGGUGAAAAGCUUACUUCUGGAGACGGACAGAAGCGAGAGCAGGAGUCAAGAUGAAGACUCGAGGAAGAAUUCCGGGAGUUCGAGCACUCAUAGAAACGACGCGAAACGUCCGUCCACCUUCAAAACGCAAUCGGAAAUGCUCGAUGAACUCAUUGACGAAGAGUUCAAGGACGCGGAGGACGGAUCAAACUUCCCUGAUCCCAUAGAAUACUCCGUUCCUGAUACCGGCUCGGACAAGGCUUUUUGGUUGAUUUUCAGUGGCGAAUUCACGAGGGCGAUGAACAAGGACUGGCACAGCGGCCACUUCUGUUGCUGGCAAUGCGACGAGUCUCUUACCGGUCAGCGGUACGUUCUCAGGGAUGAACAUCCCUACUGCAUCAAGUGCUACGAGAGUGUGUUCGCCAAUGGAUGCGAGGAGUGCAGCAAGAUCAUCGGCAUCGAUUCGAAGGAUCUGUCGUACAAGGACAAGCAUUGGCACGAGGCAUGCUUCCUCUGCAACAAGUGCAGAGUUUCAUUGGUCGACAAACAGUUCGGAAGUAAGGUGGACAAGAUCUACUGCGGCAACUGUUACGACGCUCAAUUUGCCAGUCGUUGCGAUGGAUGCGGCGAAAUCUUCCGUGCAGGCACUAAGAAGAUGGAGUACAAGACCCGGCAGUGGCACGAGAAAUGCUUCUGCUGCGUUGUUUGCAAGAAUCCGAUUGGCACGAAAAGCUUCAUCCCUCGCGAGCAAGAAAUCUACUGCGCUGGCUGUUACGAGGACAAGUUUGCUACGCGAUGCGUCAAGUGCAACAAGAUCAUCACCAGCGGUGGCGUAACCUACAAGAACGAACCCUGGCACAGGGAGUGCUUCACCUGCAGCAACUGCAGCACGUCAUUGGCCGGUCAACGAUUCACAUCUCGCGAUGAAAAACCAUACUGCGCCGACUGCUUCGGAGAGAUUUUUGCAAAGAGAUGCACUGCAUGCACCAAACCCAUCACUGGAAUUGGUGGCACGCGUUUCAUCUCGUUCGAAGAUCGGCACUGGCAUAACGACUGCUUCAUUUGUGCCGGAUGCAAGACGUCUCUGGUCGGUCGUGGAUUCAUCACUGACGCCGAUGAUAUUAUCUGUCCGGAGUGCGCCAAGCAGAAGUUGAUGUAAAUUUGACGUUUUGAAGAGGAAGAAAAACAAAGAAAAAACGUCCACGAUGUCAUAUCUCUUCACAAGCCAUACUCUCUCGCUAUGAUGCAACGCCCGCGUGUCGAUUUAAAAUAUAUACGUUGAACUUCUUUCAAUUAAACGAAAAUUUUUAUUAAUCGAAAAAAAAACGGAAAAAAGAAUAAAUAAAUUAAAUAACAAACUGCUGUGUCUUAUAAAUGUAUAGCGAUAUUUGAUUGGCAUUCGUAUAUGCUAUUUUUUUUUUUAUAAACAAUAUUUGAUUUCGAACGUCGUCAUUCUUACCCUCGAAACGAAUGUUGGGCAGAAACGGCGUUACAUCUUAGCGACUAAAUAUAUACUUUACAUAAUAAUGUACUCAUACUUCAGCGCGUAAAUAGGGAAAUUUGUAAGACGGAAUGAGAAACGAGAUAUAAAUAAGAGAAACAAAAAAUUUAAUGAAAUAAUAACCAUGCAGAGUGGUGUUUAGUAAACUGGUCUAAUGGGGAUUAUCUCGCCAACGCCAUCAAUCGGCGAAGGUAACUUAAAGGUAACUGUGCUUUACUUAACGGCCGUGUUUUAUAGGGCACUGCACUUCCUAGCUUCGUAGUCAUAGGGACGGUAUAGUCAUUACUUUUUUUCAACUCCUUCUUUUAGAUUCAACUUCGUACGUACAUCGACGAUUAUUGUGAAUUACGAUUGAUCACAGAGGCGUAAAAAUGUUGCCGCUUCCUAGACUUUGAGCGUUUAAAAAUUUGUUCAAAUUUGUUUGGGCAAAUUGUGUAAAUGUCAUAAUUGAAGUAAGAAACCCUAUACACAUAUAUUAAUAGUGCUAGUAUCGACUUUGCAGUAAAAAUAUUGAUAGGAGAAAGAAAACAAGAAAAAAUUGAGAAAAAAAAAAGAAAGAAACCUUAAUGCCUUUAAAAAUCCGAGAAUCAAAUCGCC